UCUUAAUUACAAGCCCCGCCUAACGUGAACCUUGAAGGCCAGCAUCAUUUGUUUCCCCCUUUAGCUGGGUGAAGCCUUCUCCCUAGCGCGGCUGCCAGCAUAACCAGUAGAGCGGCACGGAGCGGGCGGGGCCCACGCGAGCCCUUCCGAAGCUACGCCAAGGCUGUGCACGAAAGCGCAGGGUCCCCCCGGGCUCCUGGGGAGGCUAGAGCUGGGAGUCCACAUCUGAGGCUCUGCAGAAGGGCGGGGGCGGGGGGAGGGUCCCCUCGGCGCAGCCUGUCUUCCUGCUCGGUUCGCCUCAUUCAGCCCCGAGUCUGUGCUCCCGGCUGGGCUGGGAGGGGGUGCCAGGAGCCGGCGCCAGCCUGUUCGGGUACCGGGCUCAGGGGCCGAGGACGCAGCUCCGCAGCGCCGGGGAAGGGGGCUGAGCGGCCGGCGGCACCGGAGCCGCCCCUGCCAUGGUGAUGGCGAGGCUCCGAGACUACUGGCCGCUGCUGACCGCGCGACUGACCGGCGCUCUCUGGGCUCUGCUCUUUUGGACCCUGGUGUAUGGCUAUUGUGGGCUCUGCGCCUCCAUUCACCUGCUGAAACUUUUAUGGAGCAUCGGGAGAGGACCCAGCCAGACCUUUCAGCGGCUAGUGCGGGAGAACCCCCCAGCUUGCUUGAACGACCCCUCCUUGGGAACCCACUGCUACGUGCGGAUUAAGGACUCAGGGCUAAGGUUUCAUUAUGUAGCUGCUGGAGAGAGGGGCAAGCCACUUAUGCUGCUGUUACACGGCUUUCCUGAGUUCUGGUAUUCUUGGCGCCACCAAUUACGGGAAUUUAAAAGUGAAUAUCGAGUCGUAGCUUUGGAUUUGAGAGGCUAUGGAGAAACAGAUGCUCCCUCUCAUCAGGAGAGUUAUAAGUUGGACUGCAUUGUUAUGGACAUAAAAGAUAUUUUAGACUCUUUAGGUUAUAGCAAGUGUGUUCUGAUUGGCCAUGACUGGGGAGGCAUGAUUGCCUGGCUCAUUGCCAUCUGUUAUCCAGAACUGGUGACCAAGCUUGUUGUGAUUAAUUUUCCUCACCCGAACGUAUUCACAGAAUACAUCCUCUGGCAUCCUUCGCAGCUGAUCAGAUCUGGUUACUACUUCUUCUUUCAAAUGCCAUGGUUUCCAGAAUUUAUGUUCGCCAUAAAUGACUUCAAGGCUCUGAAACAUUUAUUUACUAGCCAGAGGACUGGCAUUGGAAAAAAAGGGUGCAGAUUAACACCAGAAGAUCUCGAAGCUUAUGUUUAUGUCUUUUCUCAACCUGGAGCACUGACGGGCCCAAUUAACCAUUUCCGAAAUAUCUUCAGCUGCCUGCCGCUAAAGUAUCAUAAGGUGACCACUCCAACAUUGCUCUUAUGGGGAGAAAGAGAUGCAUUUAUGGAUGUGGAGAUGGCCGAAGUCACAAGGAUUUAUGUCAAGAGCCAUUUCAGGCUAACAAUUUUGUCUGAAGCCAGCCACUGGCUUCAGCAAGACCAACCUGACAUAGUGAAUAAAUUAAUAUGGACAUUUCUUAAAGAAGAAAUGAGGAAAAAUGAGGAAUUUUAAGGACAAGUGAAAAGCCUGUAACAGCCAAAAAAAAAUGUGAAAGGGACUGACUUUUUCCAGCAUUCUGUUUAGGCUUUAUUAAGGAAGACACUGUUUUCAUUGUACCGUAUUAUGACUCUGUUGCCAUGCAGUUGUUUCACUAUGUUGAAAAAAAGAUUAUGUAAGACUGUAUAAUGUGGAUGUGGGUUUUUUUUCCUGUUCUUCUGUUUUGCACAUAAAAUAUCUGCCUUAAAAUAUAUUUACUUAUGUAAAAAAAAAAGGAAUUGUGGGAAUUGGAUGAAUUUUUUUAAAAGCGUCUUCAUUAUGUUAACAUGUGGUGCCUUUUACAAGUUUAAAAUGAGAAGAUCCAAGUGUGCCAUAUGAAAAGACAGUUACGUGAUGGUGUCAAUUUUCAUUUUAUUGAGGGAAAACUUUGGUUUGUUCUGACUAUUUUUUUAACCAUUAAAAAAUCCAUUACCAAAUCUUUGGGUCUCAUGGCAUGUUACCAUGUUAAUCUGAAGACAGCUAUGUUUAGCGGUGUUUAUGUUCUUUAAGAGAGUUAUGAAUACUUCCUUGUACUGUGAAUUUCUUACUAUCAAGCAGUGAUUUGUGGAAGUUGGUUUCACAUGUCCCAAUAACUGGUAGAAAAAUGGAGAUUUCUAUAUAGAAUUUAUUUAUAUGUGAAUGCUGUUCGUUCAGGCUUGCACCCUAAUUUUA